UCAAACCAACACUAAUGGACCCCCUGCUGGCUCUUGAAGAAGGGAGAUGGUGGCACAUCAUUGGGGAUUUGUCCGGGGGGUGUCUUGUGGCACCUAGCAGGGUGGCACUAGCAGUGAGCUUUUUCUAAAAUUUAAAUUUCUCCAAUUUCUUUCUUCAUUCUUCUUCGUCUUCUUCUGCAUCAACAAUGUUGUCUUCUCUGCGCCGUACUGUAUUGCAAACAAGAAACUUCAAUGGAGCAUAGAAGACAAAAUAAUCCCUUGUUAUGAUGCCCUCAAGAACAUUGUUCGUUUUGACAAGAUGUAGUUACCAUCAUCAAACGCCAUUCGUGGCUUUUUACAGGAACAUCAUGUCUAAAAAACUUGAUGGUUAACAUUGAGAUGUUAAGAGAUGAAGGUGUUCCUCAGUCCAAUAUUUCUAAAUUUCUUAUUAACCAUUCAAGAGCACUUACAAUAGCUACAAGUAAGUUUGAGGAGAACGUACAACGGAUUAAGGGUAUGGGUUUUGAUCCUUCAGUGACUACAUUUCUUCUUGGUCUCAAUGGAUUGGCAGCCAUGAAUAAAUCCACCUGGGAAACCAAAUUGAAUGCUUAUAAGAAAUGGAAUUGUGCAGAAGAAGAGAUACAAAAUGCAUUUAAGAAACAGCCUCGGUUUAUGUUAGCUUCUGUGAAGAAGAUAAUGUCGAUGAUGGAUUACCUUGUGAAUCAAAUGGGUUAUAAUUCAUCACUUACUGCUAAAUGCCCAGUUAUUCUGUGUUUUAGCCUGGAGAAGAGGAUUAUUCCGAGAUGUGUUGUCAUUCAGCUUCUAGUCUCCCUAGGACAGGUUAAGGAACAUUACUUGAGUACAGUAUUAAUGAUCUCUGAAAAGUCUUUCUUGGAGAAGUAUGUUUACAAGUAUGAGGCAGAAGUUCCUGGACUGUUGAAGGUAUACCAUAAUUCACUGUCAACUACUUCUUAAGCAUCCAUAUCUUUUUCUCUUUUGUAAACACGAAGAAACAUAUUUUCGAUUUUCUCUCCCUAUAGGUGUUCCUUUUUUACUACUUCUUCCGAGGGGUUGUGGGUUGUUUCCUACUAAAUGAGAUGAAAAUGCUAUAGUAGACUAAUAGGAAUUUACAUAUUUUUGUCAGCAUACUCUUUUCUCCCUGUUGCUUUGUUAUGGAGUAGUAGUUUAUGCUUUAUCAUAACUAAAGAGGAAACUCUUUACUCGGAAGUGUCUGGAUUGGCUUAAUGAUGAAAUUCUGUCUCUGGCUCGUGAAGUUAGAUUUAGAUUAUGUAAGAGUAUGUACUGAAGAAUCUUCAUUCACUGCAUAUUUACAUGACACAUUAUACCAAUAAAUCAGUUACUUGUAUUAGUA